AUUCUUUGCCCUCAACUCCUUCUGUUUCUUAUUCUCUGCUUUAAAUAAUAAACAAUAAGAGUUUAUCUCCAUCUUGAGGUGCAGAAAAUGGCAGAAGAGAGGUCGCUUGAAUAUACGCCCACAUGGGUCGUAGCGUUUAUCUGUUUCAUCAUCGUUCUCUUAUCACUUCUCGCUGAACGUGGUCUUCAUCAUCUUGGAAAGUGUCUGAAGCGUAGGCGACAAGAUGCCUUGUUCGAGGCCUUGCAGAAACUUAAAGAAGAGCUGAUGCUCCUGGGGUUUAUCUCUUUAAUGUUAACGGUGUCUCAGGCCGCCAUAAGGCAUAUAUGUGUCCCACGAGCUCUUGUUAGCAACAUGUUCCCGUGUAAGAAGCCAUUGGAGAAGCAUCAUGCUCCAGAAUCAUCUCAUACGCUUAGCAUCAGUGCAAGACAUCUACUUUCCACAGGAGCAAGUCCAGACCAUUGUGCUGCCAAGGGGCAGGUUCCGUUAGUAUCUGUGGAAGCAUUGCAUCAACUCCAUAUCUUCAUCUUCGUGCUAGCGGUUUUUCACGUCAUCUUUUGUGCCUCAACCAUGGUUCUUGGAGGAGCCAGGAUACAACAAUGGAAGCAUUGGGAGGGUAGGUUCAAGAAACAUCCUUCUCAAAAAGAAGCAGCAAAGCGUGGUCAUGCUCAUGCUCAUCCUCAUGCUCAUGCCCUUCACGAGUUAUUCAACGCAAAUCACGAGUUCUUUGCGAUGCAUGCUGGAGGAUUCUGGAGAAGAUCUGUUGUCAUCAGCUGGCUUAGAUCAUUCUUCAAACAGUUUUAUGGUUCUGUCACCAAAUCAGAAUAUAUAGCUCUACGACAAGGGUUCAUCAUGACACAUUGCCCCACAAACCCAUCAUUUAAUUUUCACAAGUACAUGCUAAGAACACUGGAGAUAGACUUCAAAAAAGUUGUGAGCAUAAGCUGGUAUCUAUGGCUAUUUGUCGUUGUCUUUCUGCUGCUGAAUGUAGGAGGAUGGAAUACUUACUUCUGGUUGUCUUUCUUACCUUUGAUCCUCUUACUAAUGGUGGGUGCCAAACUGGAGAAUAUAAUAAGUACCUUAGCUGUGGAUGUUUGUGAGAAGCGAAACCGUGCAGAAGAAGCAGUCAUCAAACCUUCUGAUGAACUCUUUUGGUUCCAUAAGCCAGAGAUCGUUCUCCAAAUCAUCCACUUCAUUCUCUUUCAGAAUUCAUUUGAGAUCGCUUUCUUCUUCUGGAUUUUGUUCACAUACGGAAUACGUUCGUGUAUCAUGGAGAGACUAGGCUUCCUUAUUCCACGGCUCGUCAUGGGCGUGUUAGUUCAAGUGCUUUGCAGUUACAGCACAUUACCAUUAUAUGCUCUUGUUACACAGAUGGGUAGCAAAUUCAAGAAAGGGAUAUUCGACGAUGUAGUACAGUCGACACUGGAAGUAUGGUUAGAAGAUACAAGGAGCAGAGGAGACUCCACGAGCCAGGCUCACAGGUUGGAGAUACAACCCACGACGCCUGAGGCUAUUAAUGUCCAAGUCGAUGAAGUCAGUGAAUGUGAAAACCCCCAAGUCCAAUAAGAUCAGCACACAUCAUUCUCUAUGUUAUCCCUUAACUUGUUGUAACAUUUCCACUAGAUCGUGCUGCUAUACGCUACUUUUAGAGCUCUCAUCACAAAAAUGUGUCUAUCUGUUUGACACUCACUUGAACCCAUCUUUUGACUAACCCCUCAAAUAAUGUUAUUUUUAAACCUACAAUUGUACUUUCUGUAGAUUAACAAAGUAAAAGAAAAUCAAAUUUGAAAAAUUAUA